CAUCAAAAUUUUGACGUCUCAUAAACAGAAAAAUGGAAGAGGCUGCAUAUUAUGCGAAUGUUAGAUUUUUGUAUAAUAUUCUUUUCCUAUAUUAAUAUUUCAACUACAAAGAAAUCGUUGACUUUUCGGGUAUGUGCAACCCAUACAGGUUGAUUAUGUGAAGAAAACUAGUGAAUUAUAGUGUUCCUGGCCGCCAGCGGAAGCGAGUUAAGUUAAAAGAAGCGCCAGGUUUUUAUAAGACAGUUUAACUUUUGCGAGGCAAAUCGCUUCGGUGCUUGUGCAAAAAUAGUUCUCGGUUGCCGAAAAACCCAUCCAGAAUGUGGCCAAUGAAACUUGACAUGACUCGGGAUGAGUGCCGCGGUGUCCUUCGUCGGCUCGAGCUGGACUCAUACUCGAGUAUAGUAAGUACGUUUCGUGCGCAGGGAGGAUUGUGCAAAGAAAAAGCGCGAAUUCUCGAGGAUCUUCGCAAGCAGCUACAUAUAUCCCAGGACAGACACAAAGCGGAGGCCCGUCGAGUGGCCAACGACGAACGAUUAACCACGGUGGCAGAAACUAUUUCGGGCCCAAACAGCUCUCAGGACUGGAGCAGAGAAGGUCGCCGAACCUUCCCAAUAUUGCCACGAACAACACCCUAUACAGCAUUAACCUACAUCGCGAACACAGUCUGCGAACAGAUUUCCCGUCAAAAUUCCAAAUUGCCACAUCCAUUUGAAACGUCUCAGAAUCGACUUGAGAAGGAGCAAGAGGAGCAGGAGAAAAAACGAAAAUUACUUGAAGAGAAGCAACAACCGCUUUUAAUACAGCCUCAAUCCCAACUUGUGCAACCGGAAGUAGAACCGACGAUAGUUUCACUUACGCCACCACUGGAACCGACCACGUAUACUCCUGCACCACUUGUGACAAUGGAUCCGUUUGUCGAAGCGGCCAACAAAAGCUACAUUAAUAAUGAUUUAAAGAGAUCGUAUCCUAUGGAUCCGACUUCCCGGCAUCCAGAUGCAUCUAUUUUUGCCGACGACUCGCCAUUGCGAAAGAAACCUCAGUUAUAUCAAGAGCUGCAAAGGCAGGAACCUCUGCUCUCGCCGAACCCAAUAGUCACGUUCCACCAUCAGCAACCAUAUCAGCAACCUUUCUCACUUCAACAACCGCUUUCACCACACAAGUCUCUUGCAUCCCCUACUAAUUUGAGCACGACACAGCCAAACAGUAGUAACAUCAACAACAGCAAUUUCCCCGCUAAUACAAAAACUCAAGGUAAGGGUGGUAACAAAUCCGAGCGUUCUCGAAAAACUUCAGCAUCGUCAAGAAAGAAUCAAAACAAAUCAAAAACACCAUAUCAGACAAACAAGCAGUCAAACGCUGGAGGACCGAAGGCUUCGAAGAAUGCGGCUGUCUCGCAGCAGGCAUUGUUGGCACAACAGCAAUUGGUUGGAAUUCAACCAGCUUCUGAUACUAAAAUGGGAGCCAAGAACAAUAACGUCAGCAGUCCACAUUUAAUACACUCGUAUGCUAGUCCAUUGCGACCCCAUAAGGCUGCACAACACGGUACAGCUACUGAGAUUACAAAUGAACCCCUUCAGUUACAGAAACAUCUUACGUCCAACAUCGCCUACACACCGCAGCAAAACCAGCAACCUUUCGGUAUGUCGACGGCAGUUCCGAUGAAGUCGCCAACGUUCGCUGCUUCUUCGUUCAGUGGACAACAGAUACAAAAUACAGCGUCGAAUCUAAACUACUCCGGCCAGCAGCAACUUCUCCCGUCAUCCAAAAAAGACAUUCAAUACAAUCUCACCAAGUUAAAUCCCACCAACAAUGUCGCGUCGGUGAAAAACAAUCUAAACAUCCCGUUGAAACAGUCAAGCUCAUCUCUUUCGCAAGGAAAAACGCAUCCUCUGUUGAACUAUCAAAAGAAAUCCCCAUCGAAGAAUGUGUUAAUACCAACUUCUUCCGCUACUGCUGCUGCUCUAGCCAGUCUUGGUAUUCCUAAACCGAUACAGAGGAAAGAUAACCUAUUGCCAUUAAGCGGAAAGUUCCAGGACGUUGACCAGCCAGCUCAUGUGAAUCCAGUUGAUAUUCCGAACCCGAAAAUUAUUUUCUCUACGACCGGUAGUACCACGGACACGUCCAGUAAUCGGUCGUCAGCUGGAAGCCAGAUAACGAUACUUGAUCAAAUCACAUUACAUCCACCGAAUACACCAUUGAUUCCGUCAUCUUCAGCUGUACAUCAACAGGUUUCGCUCAAUCCAUCAUCUGUUUCAUUAACUAAUUUUGCAACAAAUACAGUAACACCUGUCACUCCGGUAAAAUCUAUCGGAACAACCGCUGCCAACAAAAUAGUUACAAUCAAGGGGCCCAAUUUGGCUGGUUUUACUCCAGUCAAAGGUGGAAAUAAGUUAUCUGUGCACAAACUUCAACUGGUUCCCAUAAGCCAACCAGUCAGUGGUAAAAACAACGUGAUUGUGCUUCCAGCUAAAACCGCCACAGCGUUGAAUCCAGGACAAAAAAUCACUAUUCCGAAGAGUGUCGUCGAUACGAGCUCGGCCAUUAGUCCACCGAAAGUUAUCGUUCAGCAGCAGCCCGAUUUGAACAACAUUGUUGUACUGGAUAUCGGGUCUGAUCAGCAGAAGCUCAAUAAAAGCAGUUCAACAGGGCAGCAGCCGCAAACUUUGUCAACGAGUGGGAAAUCGGUUAUCACAGAGGAUACACCGGUAGAUAUUGUUUCAACUCCGCUAGAUGUUGUUACAGGAGCCGUUAAACUGCAAGAACUUUCGAAAGGUUUCCUUCCGAUAUCCGUGACCGGUUCUCCAUUGACUGAAAAAAUGGUCAAACCUCAGCCAACAUAUUCAUCCAACACAACAAUAGUAGCAGCAGCAGCAGCAGCAGCAGCUACCUCUAAAUACAACCUAAACGCAACAAAAACAACAAAAUUCGAAGCUGACAGUACGGCAUCGGGGCCCUCUCUGACCGUCACCCGUAAAUCCAAAAUCCAUCAUCGAUCGACCGCAGCAGCCACAACCUCUACGAGCGCCGUUGUACAAAGUAGCAAAUCGACGAAAGUAAAGCCGACUGCGGCUGUAGCUAGUUCUACAACAGCCCCGGGAGGCGAUCCACCCUCCACAAGUAGAACUUCUGUCAUGAGCACAACCGAUUGGGAACUAGAGCUGGACCAAGCGAAUCAGGUAACACCAGUGAAAACCAGCAAGGUGAUACCGAAAAUAGCCCCGAAGCCAACCAUCAAACCUAAACCAGCAUCAACAGUAUCACUAUCUAAGCCAGUCGUAACCUUGCCGGCAAAUAGCAAUGCACGGAAGGCACCACCGCCACUUUCGUCUAGUUCGAUCAGUUCAACCUCAUCCUCUGGUGCUUCGAAACUGGCAACCGCCGGUGCUUCAUCGGACACUCGAAUACCACCCCCACUCCCACCUCCUGCUACACACAGGCCCGCUCUUUCACUCCCCACCAUCCCCCCAGUAACAGUUGCAACCUCAACGCCAAAAGCCAAGCAAUCUCAGCUUUUGACCGCUAUGACUACAACGUCGCCAAACGAGCGAAGUGACGAUACGUCGGCCACUGACUCGGCUGACGCCGAAGAAGACCCGGAGGAGGAAAUUGGCGAUGUAGAUGAUGAUCCGAUCGAAGAUGAGACGGAAGCGGAGGAGAUGAUCAUUGUCGAUGAGCAGCACUUCAACGCCGUGAUUGAGGAAGAAGCGGAGCUGGAUGAAACCGAAAUCGAUGGUGAACGUGUAGAAAUAGUGAACGUCGGAUACGAAACCUCUCGAGCAUUGAUAGCGGACUUGGAAGAUACGGAAACCGGUGUUACUGGCGGGCAAAACGUACAUGAUGUUGCUGUUCGUGGCAAGAGCAGUGGUGAGAUCAAUCCUUCUAGUAUGAACUUCGAGCAGUAUAUUGUGGAUGCUGAUGAAAACGGACCCACCGGAGAGAGAGCUGCACCAGUGGAUUCAAGAACGGCGGCAACACCUGGAAAUGGAAAGAAUAUUAUGUUCGAGAUGUUGGAAAUCGAUGCCGACGGAAACAAGCACACACGUACAUUGUCAUAUGAAGAAGCGUUGGCCGAAGGGCAGCUACCGGUGACGGCGGCGUUAUUGGCCAGUUCCGCAAAGAGCACUGGUGGCUCAUCUUCAGGAUCGCUGACCGCGAAGGGUAAAACGAAAUCAACUUCUUAAAAGCGCAGGUAUAGAGAUAAACAUAACUAUAAACAGAAAUUGUCGUGAUUGCAUCAUUACGAACAUAGCCAUACUGAUAGGGACGGUCAAGGUUGAACAAUUUUACCCAAUAAUGCAAGGUCAGAUUGUAUUUAUUUAAUUUGGAAACAAUAUUACAUUCGAACGCAGAUGUUUUGACGGAAAUUACGAUUGUAGACUGUGUACAGCCAACCGGGCAGGAAGCUGCGAAAAUAUUACGUUACAAGUGUUGACUAUAUUUCUACCCAUUGACUGGGUAGGAGAUAUUCAUAGAUGUAGUGUGUGUCCUCAAUUGCUAAUACUUUCUGGACCUGGCCAUUGUUUCCGAUAGAUACUCAGUUCGAGAUGAUUGCUUUCUGUCGCGUAAGUGUAAGGUUCAAACUUGUUUAGAAGCGGUAACAAUAAAAUUACGCGGGAAUUCUGGUGGCAAAUUGUUAAGUUGUUGUAAGGUAGAAAGUAUAACUGAUUGCUAUAUACUGAUGCAUAAUUUUAUGAUUCAAAUCUAUCCUAUAUCUUUGAAAAAGUUUGUUACUUUCGUUCCAGUGUUAUUCAACAAUACUUACAUUUUUUUAUAUAAGAGACAGCUUCAAUAGUUUUAGGCGUGUUUUAUACGUUUAUGUUGAGUAUGUUUUUUACGAGUACAUGCACCAGUGGUUCGGUUUCGUACAUCCGGAUGGUCUUCGGUAAGAUUGCAUGCUUUCGGAUUAUUUCAAUGACGCCACAAUCGUGCGGCACUUUUUCAUUGAAAGUUUAAAUAAUUUGGAUAAACAGUCGCAGUCCAUUUUACUAAUGUUUUGGCUAUUAAUUUGCAAUCUUAGUUUUUUUGUUUAACUUGUUUCCAAGAAACAUUAUCAAUUAUGGUAGUUCGGGCUGCGAAACAUAUUUUCUUCCCAAUUUCAAAAAUUAUUUCGACAAGAUGCAGUAUACUUACAUUAUAACUUGAUUGUUAAACCGUGAGACACAGACUCUUCACAUCAACUGCAAUAUAAUAAUUUGUAACACCCUUCAAACUUUCCAUUUCUUGUAGGGAAAAAUUUGAAGUUUUAGUUCUUUCCGAAGAAACCAUUCUUGGAAAAUUGCCGCACUAUCUACCGGGCACCAUCGUAUGAUUGUUAGUUGAGUUCAUUGUAAAAAACAGAGCGCUGUAUAUUGUACAUAUUAUUCACAGUUCAGUAGAUUAACACAAGAAAUCAGUUAGUGAACUUUAGCUAAGCAAAUAUAACACUAAUGUCGAGUACGUAGCACAUAGUUUAGUGUAGUUUCAUGAAGCAGCAUAACUUACGUGCAUUAUUCGUUGUUUGCCUUUGUGCAUUAGUAGCAGCAUCAAGCGAUGCUGAAAUCUCAUAACUUGUACAGCAUGACUUUCAUUAGAGUAGAACAAUCGGUUGAUUUCGCACAUUCAUCAAUAUUUUCGACAAAUAGCUCUAAAAAAAAGGAAAUUCGUUAGGCAUAUUGAUUGUGAUUAAUGGCAGAUGUUAGUAGUUUGUAGGGGUGGUUCUUGUUUUGCGCGCUGUCGAAACUGAACUUUGUACAGGAGAUAAUAUAACAAAAUUGAGCAAAUUGGGCGUAUAAUUUAGGAAAUGGGGUCUUUCCUCGCAAUGGUAUAAAAGCGAAUCAAACAAAGUAAAAGAAAAAAAAAACGAAAACAAUGUACACAACUUUUUAAGUAGCGUUAAGCGUUCUAGACGAUAAGGAAAAUCAGUUUUACUUUCUUAUUCACAGCAGAGCCGGAAAUCUAUUUUGUCACACGAUCCAACCUAGAGGUACAUUUUACCUGACAUCCCUCACAAAGCAAAGCAGCAAGUGCAUAUAUUAUUGAAUAAAACAAUAAUUAUUUACAAAACAGGAAAAGAAAAACCAAUAGUGUUUGGAAAUGCUCAUUCAGUUUGAUGUUUUUGGACGCUCUCAUAAAUAGGCCGCCGAAUGUGCCGGCUUCCAACAAAAACAAUGAAACAAAAGCAUUAAUAUAAAUUAUCACAAUAUUUAUAUAUUGAAUAGUGACAAACUCUACACUUAGUGGAACAGAUGUAUGAAACCCAAUGUAGUGACAGUAGAAAACGGAUAUUAUUGUACAUCUCAUCUUUUUGAAAAGAAAUAAAAUUUUAAUUAAUGAUAA